AUGUUGUCAUACAGUUUACCUUACUUAAAUUGCAUAAGAGCCAAAAAUAUUUCUACAAUAUUGAAACAUGUUGGUGUACCAAUUGUUCCAAAUGAUCAAUGUACAAUGAAUUAUGCCACAUUACGUAAUGGACCAAAUCCUAUUGAUGUUACUAUAGAAAGUAAUGUCAUUUGUGCAGGACAUGCAGAAGGUGGUAGAGAUGCAUGUCAGUUUGAUUCUGGAGGUCCAUUAAUGUGUCAAAUUAAUAAACAAUGGACUGUCAGUGGAAUAAUUUCUUUUGGUUACGGAUGCGGUAAAGCAGGUUAUCCUGGAGUAUAUACACGUGUAUCAGAUUAUGUUCCAUGGAUUAAAGGCAUAGCUGAAGUGUUCACCUUUUGAAAAUUACAAUCUUUACUGAGUUAUAAAUAGAAAAACUAGUUAACAAAAGUUAUUAUUUCCUUUGAGUUGAACAAAUUCACAACAAAAAUAGAUUCAGAG